AUGUCCGAUCCAAACGUCCACGACUCGUCACCAGACCUAUUUGCUAGGCACAACCCGUUCCGCCACGAACAGUCCCCGCAAGGUUCGGAGGAGUCUGACAGUCCGUCGACUGCAGUUAGCGUUACAGAGGGCUCGAGUCAGCCUGGCGAGGGGGAGAGUGACCGGUUGGACCAGUUCACAUCCCGCUUCAAGCACGUCCAGCUUGAUGGCGGCCACUUUGUUGCCGUCAACCGCAAGGGUGAUAUGAUGCGUUGUGAGGACGAGCCCAUUACGACACCGGGUGCCGUUCAAGGGUUUGGCGUGUUGAUUGUUUUGGACGUCAAUGAUCAGACUGGUGCCCUAGUGGUGCGGCAAGUCUCAGAAAAUUCAACAGAAUUGCUUGGCCUGUCGCCGCAGUACCUCUUUGGCUUGAGCUGCUUCUCCAAGAUCCUCGUGGCCGAUGAAGAGGACACACUACGUGACGCUCUUGAAACUCUCGAGGACCCGAACGACGUGGUGGACAUGGAAGAGUUUCAGGGCCCCCAAGUCCUUCGCCUCUCUGGCUUUGGCGAGCCUGGUAGCGAUGCCGCUGGUAAUGGCCAAGCCAACAUCAGAGGCUCCCGGCUGCGACGUGAAUGGUCUUGCUGGGUUGCAGCCAGCCGCCCAACGCAAAAGGAUUGGCGCCGGACUGACGAGCGCGGAAUGCAGCUGCAACGACCGCACCUCGUCAUCCUUGAGUUUGAGCAUGAGCGCGACAACUACAACCCCUUGACACAGCCACUCGAUUUCGCCGAGAAUUCUGCUUCCUGGGUUGCGACGUCGAGCGACUCCGUCCACACUCACGCGAAUAAGAGCGAGAGCAAUCCUUCGCCCAAGCAGCAAGAGGCACAGUUUCACUUCCGGCCGCCUGCAAUAUCGAGGCAACUGUCCAAGGAUGCGUCAAGUAGCGACCUGGCAUCUGUGUCGGCCAACAGCAGGCAAUGGGCCUCCACAGGCAGCGUCGGUGGAAGCCACCCUAACGGCCUGGAUGGGCAUGACAUGGAACCACCACUCGAGACCAUUCUGGACAGCACGACCAAUCACGCUAAACCCCUUCGCGCACUUCAUGGCAUGCGAUACGGCCCCGGAUCGAGUGGACAACGCCCGCAGAGGGCUCCCGGAAUCUUCCGUCCCGACCGCCGUCAGCCGCGGUCGUCGUCACACCGUUCAGAUGCACUGGACGUGUUUGCUGUGCAGGCCCAAAUCAACGAACAGCUGGAUAAGGCGGCUGAUCUCGACGCCUUCCUGAAGAUCACCGUCGGCUUGAUCCAGGAUCUGACUCGCUUCCAUCGCGUACUCGUGUACCAGUUCGACAAGGAGAUGAACGGUGAAGUCGUCACUGAGCUUGUCGAGUGGGAAAAGACGACCGAUCUGUACAAUGGACUCCGCUUCCCAGCUGCCGAUAUCCCACAACAGGCGCGCGAGAUGUACAAAGUCAACAAGGUCCGCUUCCUCUACGACCGAAGCCAGCAGACCGCCCGACUCGUUCUGCGUAACAAGGAGGAUCUCGAACAUCCCCUCGACAUGACUCACUGCUUUCUUCGAGCCAUGUCCCCUAUCCACAUUCGAUAUCUGGCCAACAUGAAGGUUCGUUCCUCUAUGUCGGUUUCAAUCAUGGCCUUUGGCAAGCUGUGGGGACUGAUCGCGUGCCACUCAUAUGGCAAGCACGGCAUGCGCGUUUCCUUCCCAGUUCGUCAGAUGCUGCGUGUCCUCUCGGACCAGAUCUCGCGCGGCGUGGAACGCCUCAGCUAUGCCCAGCGUCUCAAGAACCGCCAGCCACUUCAGUCUCUGGCCAGCUUUGCCUCGCUCGACCGGAACCCUCACAGCUGGCUCGGCGAUGACAAGAGUGACUCGUCAAAGGGGUACAUCGUAUCCAAUGCAGACCAGUUACUGGCACUUUUCAAGGCCGAUUCUGGACUUUUGGUAAUCAACAAGGGCUGCAAGUUGCUUGGCCACUCCCAACAAGCACACUCGAUGCUCGAAGCUGCGGAAUUCCUCCGUGUAGCCAAAUAUACCGAUAUAUGUUCCUCCGACCACCUGUCCAAAGACUUCCCAGACAUCAAGAUCCCGACUACACAUGAUGCUAUCGCCGGAAUGCUGUACAUUCCACUUACAGAGGAUGCUGGUCAAGACUUCAUCGUCCUCUUCCGCAAGGCCUGGAUUCACGAGAUCAAGUGGGCUGGCAGGCCGUACAAGGACGAACAUGCCCGUUUGAACGCCUCGCUUGAGCCGCGCAAGUCGUUCAAGACCUGGACAGAGACAGUCACCGGAAAAUCAAAGCCAUGGACCGACGACCAACUUGACAGUGCUAGCGUUCUGUCGCUCGUUUACGGCAAAUUCAUCCAUGUGUGGCGCGAGCGGCAGCACAGUAUGAUGUCAAGCCAACUCACCGCCAUUCUUUUGUCCAACACGAGCCAUGCCGUGCGUACGCCGUUGUCGCAGAUUAUCAACACACUCGAGCUUGCUCUUGCCGGAAACAUUGACGGCGAAACCCGUGACAUGUUGGAAAACAGCCACCAGGCGUCGCGAGCACUUCUUUUCCACGUUCACGACCUGCUCGACCUCACCCGCGUUGAAACAGGCAACGAGACAGCGUUUAAUGACCCGUUCGACCUCAAGCAGACGAUCAUCAGCACAGUCCGUCUGUACCAGACGGAGACGAUCCGUCGCGGUAUCGAGUUCCGCGUCACUGUCAGCGACGACCUCCCUCCUAUCGUCGUUGGCGAUUCGCGCAAGAUGAGGACGGUCAUUUCAAAUCUCGUCGCCAACGCGGUCGAAUACACAACGCAUGGUAUGGUCGAGGUGGCCUGUCAUCUGGCUCCUCAACAGGACGGGAGCCCCUGUGUUUCCAACCCCGACAAGCGUACCGAGGUUGCCAUCGAGAUUGUCGUCAGUGACACGGGUAUCGGCAUUCCACCCGCCAAACUCGAGAAGAUCUUUGUCACUCUUGAAGGUGCUGAGGAUGGUACCGAAGGCGGCGUCGGUCUGGGCCUCGCAGUGGUUGCACGCAUCGUCGAACAACUCUCUGGACAGCUCCGUGCUGAGAGUGAAGUUGGAACUGGCAGCAAGUUCUUCUUCACAGUCAACAUGGGUGUUCAUGGCGAGAGCGCAGCGCAAGCUUUGCCCAGCUCGUUAUCCGCUCUGGUACAGGGUCGCAAGCCUUCCGGCGGUGUAGCUGGAAAGCUUCUGUUGCUUGAUCCUCUGCUGUCUGGCUCGACCGGGAGGUCCUCUGGGUCCACCGUGACCAUCGGGCCCAAGUCGUUAGUAUCAAGGCUAUCAUCUGGCCCUGCGACCACAUCCGAGUCGUCACGGUCGACGGAGAAGGUCCUCAGUCCCAACCAUAGCCCUCGACAAAGCCCCCGUCAGUCGUCUGCUGAUCGCAGCCAGACGCCUCUGGCCGUACCGACUACGUCUCCAUCGUUGCCUAUCCGUCUUCCGCGUCCCGAAACUCCAACACGAUCCACAGUUGGACCAAAAGGUCAACCUAUCUUGCGCAUUUUGGUCGUCGAGGAUGACAUUAUCAACUCGCAAAUUCUCCAACGUCGUCUCCGCAUGGACAAACACACUGUCAUGGCAGUGGAGAACGGUCAAGAGGCAGUGACGCUACUUGCCUCGGACUGGGACAUCGAUGUUGUCCUCAUGGACAUCCAGAUGCCAAUCAUGGACGGCUGGGAGGCUGCCCGUGAGAUCCGUGCCCUCGAAGAGCGGGGCGUGGCGGGCUCAGGUCAAGAAGGAAUCGACCCAUUGCGAAUCGACGGCCGUAUCCCCAUUUUUGCGGUCUCUGCUAGCCUGUUGGAGAACGAAAGGGACAAGAUGGCAACACACUUUGACGGUUGGCUUCUCAAACCGCUUAAUUUCCCGCGUGUUCGCACUCUUCUCGCGGGUUUGCUGGAUGAGGAGAAGCGAAACACAGAGGUAUAUCGUUCGGGCUCUUGGGAGAAGGGAGGAUAUCUGAGGGUAGCCCCCGGUGCGCCUGCUCCGCCAUAG